AUGAGCAGCAAGCUAAGUUAAUAAUAAACUCCUCAAAAACCUAUUAGACAUCCGCCUUUACAAAGAUUAAAACCAGAACAAUAUGAUGAACAACCACAACAAGUCAAUGUUUUUGACCCAUAAAAAUAUGUUAAGCCUGGACUCAGUAAGGAGGAUGUCAUCAAAAUAAAAGAGUGUUUUGAUAUAUUUGAUGAUGAUAAAAGUGGUGCUAUUUCACCGAAUGAAUUGAAAAAUGCCAUUGUGGCUUUAGGUAUGGAACAGAGCAUUGAGGAUAUUGUCAACAUGAUUCAAGAUCUGGAUCAGGAUGGAUCAAGACAAGUCGAUUUUGAAGAAUUUUUAUAGAUAUUCGGAUUUUAAGGUUCGAUUGAGGAUGAAGAAGUUUUGACAGAUUUGUACAAAUAAUUUGAUUCGUCAAAAGAAGGGAAAAUUACCUAUGAAGAUUUCAAAAGAAUAAAUGAAUUGGUUUCUGAAAGAUACACUGAUCAGGAAUUAAGAGAAAUGGUUUAGUUUGCAGAUUUAAACAAUGAUGGUGCAUUGAAUUGGGAUGAAUUCAAAAUUGUUAUUCAGAAAGAGAAUUCGAAUAAUAAAAAAUGA